AUGGAUGUUGUCGUGGCCGUCUCGGGCUACAUCUCCAAGAUGGUGACGGCUGGCGAGUCAACAUCAGGGUCUUCGUCCACCAAGAUGAAGAUCCUGCUUCUCGAUAGUGAGACAGUACCCAUUGUCUCGACCGCCAUUACUCAAUCUGCCCUCCUUAAUCACGAAGUCUACCUCAUUGAUCGCCUGGACAAUGCCGCGCGCGAGAAGAUGCGGCAUCUGCGAUGUCUGGUAUUUGUGCGCCCUUCUCCAAGCUCCAUUCAACUUCUUGUGGACGAGCUCCGAGACCCUAAAUACGGCGAAUAUUAUAUCCACCUGAGCAACAUCAUCCGCAAGUCAUCCCUUGAACGCCUUGCCGAGGCCGAUAGUCAUGAGGUUGUCCAGUCAGUGCAAGAGCAAUUCGCCGAUUUUCUGGUUGUCAAUCCAGACUUGUGCUCUAUGAACUUGGGAUUCCCCUUGAGUCGACUCUGGAGUCAUUCGCCCGACCUAUGGAAUCCGGAUUCGCUGCAAAGAGGCACGGAGGGGGUGCUGGCGCUUUUACUAUCAUUGAAAAAAAACCCGUUGAUUCGAUACGAGAAAAACAGUCUGAUGGCCCGCAAGCUAGCCACAGAAGUUCGGUAUCACCUCACGCAGGAAGAGCAAUUGUUCAACUUCCGCCGAACCGAUACACCGCCGAUUCUGCUUAUUUUGGAUCGCCGCGAUGACCCGAUUACACCGCUGCUUACACAAUGGACGUAUCAGGCCAUGGUACAUGAGCUGCUCGGCAUCAGGAAUGGUCGAGUGGACCUGCAGGAUGUGCCUGAAAUUCGACCAGAACUCAAGGAAAUUGUGUUAGCUCAGGAUCAAGAUCCGUUCUUCAAGAAGAACAUGUAUCAGAAUUUCGGCGACCUCGGCCAGAACAUCAAGGAGUAUGUGGAGCAGUACCAGACUAAAACACAGAACAACAUGAAUAUUGAAUCUAUCACCGACAUGAAGCGGUUUGUGGAAGACUAUCCGGAAUUCCGCAAGCUCUCAGGCAACGUUAGCAAACAUGUCACUCUGGUUGGCGAGUUAAGUCGCCGCGUAGGUGAGGAUAGCUUGCUGGAUGUGAGUGAGUUGGAGCAAAGUUUAGCUUGCAGUGAUAAUCACUCCAAUGACCUCAAGUCCUUGCAACGUAUUAUCUCGUUGCCGAACGUACCUGCUGAUAAUAAGCUACGUCUGGUGGCUCUUUAUGCACUUCGCUACGAGAAACAACCGAAUAGUUCCCUACCAAUCUUGCUUGACUUGCUGGUGACGGCUGGCGAUGUCCCCUCUAACAAAGUCAACAUUAUUCCUAAGCUUCUUGCCUACCAUCACUCUCUGCAAGCGUCACCAGUUGCAGGUGGAUUUUCAGAUCUAUUCGAGUCUACCUCGUUCUUCUCUGGAGCUCGAGACCGCUUCAAGGGUCUCAAGGGUGUCGAAAAUGUCUACACCCAGCACUCACCACGACUGGAGGUGACUUUGCAGAAUCUAAUUAAGGGCCGCCUGAAGGAGAUGCAAUACCCAUUCCUGGAAGGCAGCGGACACACCCGCGACAAGCCACAGGAUAUUAUUAUCUUCAUGGUUGGUGGUACCACGUAUGAGGAGGCCAAGAUGGUCGCUCAGGUCAAUGCCAGCUCACCUGGUGUACGUGUUGUCUUAGGUGGCACUAUGAUUCACAAUAGCACUACAUUCCUGGAAGAGGUCGAUGAUGCUGUCGGCAGCUGGCCAGAACCCGAACCCUCGACAGCUGCAGGACGGCUGCGUCGAGAGGUUGCGCGAUAA